GGCAAGAAACAAACCAAAAUCAAAUAAAAAUCCUACCCUGGUCUUCGAAUCGGGCUUAUCGUCACAGCCCGUUGGACGCGUCUAGCCGGGGAGGACGCAUUCAUUGGAGAAGAUCUGAAUUCAAGAUUAGUCUCCACUUCUAAAAUCAUUCAUUAACACCAUAUUUCCUUGGUAUUUCUUUUUUUUUUCUGGGUUUCACGUUCCACAGCCUUCAAACAUCCGGCGCCAUGUUGUCGAACGCUGUUCUCUCAUUGUUUUUGCUUACCGUCACGUCGGUCCACGCUAUUUGGCCGGUUCCCACGUCCAUUAGCACGGGCAACUCGACGCUAUGGAUAAGUGACAUCGUGGUAGUCACGUACAACGGAGAGAAAAUCCCUUGGAUUAAGCAAUAUGUCCCGCUCGUAGGCAACAACAAAUUCUCCAGCAAGGAAAUCGUCAAGGGAGGAGUCGCGCGUACGGCAAAAAAUAUCCUGGACAACAACUUUGUCCCGUGGAAGCUGUACCCGCGGAUGGCGCUCGAGCAAACGGAGCCGAGCCCCUGGCAGCAUAAAAUUUACAUAACUCGGCUCGAUAUCGUCCAGACCGAGAAAGACACGGAAAAGACGUUCAAACCCCUUGCUGGCGAAGUCGACGAAUCGUACGAGCUGACACUUAACGCCAACGGCAAGGCCAAGAUCACAGCCGUCUCCUCCACCGGCGUUCUCCGAGCCCUGGAGUCUUUUUCUCAAUUGUUCUUCCAGCAUUCCAAGGGUGCUAUCUACACCAGGUUGGCCCCGGUGAAGAUCAGCGAUGCGCCUCAAUACGACCACCGCGGUCUCCUCUUGGAUGUCUCGCGAGACUGGCUUCCUCUCGACGCCAUCUACCGAACUAUCGAUGCCUUAUCGUGGAGUAAGAUGAACCGACUCCACAUCCACGCUACGGACUCGCAGUCCUGGCCGCUGGAGAUCCCCUCGAUGCCGGAACUCCACCAGAAAGGUGCGUACGCUCGCGGAAAGACGUACUCGCCUAGCGAUAUAGCAGCCAUCCAGACGUACGCGAUCCAGCGCGGUGUGGAAGCGUAUAUCGAGGUCGACUCUCCCGGCCACCUGGGCGUCGUGGCCCUAUCGCACCCCGACCUGAUCACGGGCUGGGGCGCCUCUCCAUGGACAACUUACUGCGCCGAGCCUCCGUGCGGCCAGCUGAAGCUCAACGAGCCCAAGGUGGACCCCUUCCUUGACAAGCUCACGGACGACCUCCUGCCGCGGCUCGCGCCUUACUCGGCUUACUUCCACACCGGCGGCGACGAGGUCAACUUCAACGAGUACAACCUGGACCCCACGGUCGGCACCAACGACACCUCCGUCAUCGUGCCGCUCCUGCAGAAGUUCGUCGACAAGCACCACGCGCGAGUGCGCAAGGCCGGCUUGACGCCGAUCGUCUGGGAAGAGAUCCCCGCCAACUACAACGUUUCCAUCGGCGAAGACGUCGUGGUGCAAUCCUGGCUCGGAGACGCGGCCAUCAAGAGCCUGACUGCCAAGGGCCACAAGGUCAUCACCAGCAACUACAACUACUGGUACCUCGACUGCGGCCGCGGGGCGUGGCUCAACUUCGCCGAGGGCGAGUCCUUCGCGGAGAACUGGCCGUUCAACGACUGGUGCGGGCCGACCAAGGGCUGGCGCCUGAUCUACUCGUACGACCCGCGCGCGGGGCUGACGGACGAGGAGGCGAAGCUCGUCAUCGGCGGCGAGGUCGGGGCGUGGGCGGAGAUGAUCGACGAGGUCAACCUCGACAGCAUCCUGUGGCCGCGCUCCAGCGCCGCCGGCGAGGUGCUCUGGUCCGGCCGCCUCGACGCCCAGGGCAACAACCGCACCCAGCUCGACGCGGGGCCGCGUCUGGCCGAGUUCCGCGAGCGGCUCGUGGCUCGUGGCGUCAGGGCCGAUCCCAUCCAUAUGGUGUUUUGUACGCAGGGCAUGAGCUCCGACACGUGUCUUUUCCAAUAAAGGGGUUUUGUUUGUUUGCUUGCUUACUUGCUUUGCUCGUCGCCUCUGGUUGAAAAAAAAAAUUAUCAUCACGCAUUCAAUACAUACCUCAUAUACCUAGGUACCUACCCUAACCUAACCGAAGGCGAAUUCGCUCGUCGCGUCAAAGACCAAUCUUCUCGUAAUAUACUUGAUACUUUUG